AUGCCGCGCUUGUCGCUGCUCUUGCCGCUGCUGCUUCUGCUGCCGCCGCUGUCCCCAAGCCUCGGGAUCCGCGACGCGGGUGGCCGGCGCCCCGAGUGUGGUCCGUGCCGGCCGGAGCGCUGCCCGGCGCCCGCGCCCUGCCCGGCGCCCGGGAUCUCGGCGCGCGACGAGUGCGGCUGCUGCUCUCGCUGCCUGGGAGCGGAGGGCGCGAGCUGCGGGGGCCGAGCCGGCGCGCGCUGUGGCCCUGGCCUGGUGUGCGCGAGCCGGGCCGCGGGGGCGGCGCCCGAGGGCACUGGGCUCUGCGUGUGCGCGCAGCGCGGCCCCGUCUGCGGCUCUGACGGCUACUCCUACCCCAGUGUCUGCGCGCUGCGCCUGCGCGCCCGGCACAAGCCCCGCGCGCACCCGGGUCACCUGCACAAGGCACGCGACGGCCCUUGCGAGUUCGCUCCUGUGGUUGUCGUUCCUCCCCGAAGUGUUCACAAUGUCACCGGGGCGCAGGUGGGCCUGUCCUGUGAAGUGAGGGCUGUGCCUACCCCAGUCAUCAUGUGGAGAAAGGUCAUGCAGUCCCCUGAGGGCACCCAAGCGCUGGAGGAGCUGCCUGGGGACCACGUCAAUAUAGCUGUCCAGGUGCGAGGGGGCCCUUCCGACCAUGAGGCCACCGCCUGGAUUUUGAUCAACCCUCUACGAAAGGAGGAUGAGGGUGUGUACCAGUGCCAUGCAGCCAACAUGGUGGGAGAGGCUGAGUCCCACAGCACGGUGACGGUUCUAGAUCUGAGUAAAUACGGGAGCUUCCGCUUCCCAGCUCCUGAUGACCGCAUGUGAUGGAGAAAUGGUCUUGAUCAUAGGAUGAUGGAAAAGUCAAAUAAUGGAUCUUUGUGCUUCGUGAAGAGUUGGAAAACCUGUGUUUGUAGAUGACCCCUUUUGUAUGUUUUUAAAAAUUAGAUGCAAACUAGAUUUGUAUGCAGAUGUAGUUUUUAGCAGGGCAAACAGUGAGAAACGGAUUUGCAUGUGGCUUUUUUAUACUUUUGAAAUGAAUUGUUCCAUGAGAAGUCUUUUUUUAAUUACUCUUUUCCAGGGAGAUCACAGAUUGGCACGUUUGCAAUUUCUAAAGGGCUCGUGUCAGCUGUGACUCUUUACCUCAUUUGUCUGUGACCUAUUAGUGGUGCUCUGUGACUUAGCGUGCAUUGUAGAAGGAGGGAUGAGGGUCCCAGUUGUCCUCUGCCUGCCUGUAACUUGCUGUGUGACCUGGACAGGUCUCUUCCCCUCUCUGGGCCCUGGUCCCUUCAUCUGUGAGUAUAGUGUUCUUAACUGGAUGUUAUCAAUGUCCCUUUUAGCCCUGCCAUCCUAGAGUAAGAUGGCCCUUUGGAAAAAUUACAGGAGAUGUGAUCUUAGUGUUCUUUCUAAAAUGGUAUUCCCUCAGAAACAAAUUCCAUUGCUUUACCCCAGGGUGUGGACAGCUGGCUGUAGCUCUUCUAUUCCUACCUUUUCCCUUUUAAGGAGACUUAGUUUUAUGUGGGAUGCUUUACCAGACUCAGGAGCACCUUGGCUGGAUCUUUGGAGACCAGAGCAUCCAUUUAUUAGCCUAGCAUUCUCUUUUUA